AUGGCUGAAAAAGUAGCGGUCGUGACGGGCUCUAACAAAGGCAUUGGAUUUGGUACAGUCCGAGAAUUGUGCAAACGUGGUAUUGGGUAUGUUUAUCUAACAGCAAGAGAUUUACAAAGAGGGAAAGAAGCUGUUGAGAAAUUGAAGAAAGAAGGUUAUAAGCCCUUUUUUCAUCAACUCGAUGUCACAGAUGAGCUCAGUGUAAAAAAGUUUGCAGAACACCUUAAACAAGAGCAUGGAGGCUUGGAUAUUCUUAUAAAUAACGCAGCAGUUGGAGUGGCAAGUUAUGUAGAUGUUACUUACGAAGAUUCAGUACGUGUGCUUGAUGCCAAUUACUACAGCAUCCUUAAUACACAAAAGUAUAUGUUCCCUAUUUUGAAGAACAACGCUCGAGUUAUAAACAUAUCAAGUGAUUGUGGUCAUAUUUCGAAUCUUAGAAAUACCUACUGGAUCAAUCGUCUCACUAAAGAAGAUAUUAAGCAAGAAGAUGUAGAUGCAUUUGUGGAUUGGUUUCUGAAUUCUGUUAAGAAUGGAACUCUUAACAAGGAUGAUUUUGAAGAACCAUUUGUUAUACCAUAUAAAAUAUCUAAAAUUGCUGUAUGCGCUUUAACAAGAGCUCAACAAAGAGAAGUAGGACGUGGUAUAUCAGUAAAUUCCUUGCAUCCAGGUUUCGUGAAGACGGAUAUGACCAAAUCUGGUGGUGACUUAACUAUAGAUCAAGCUAGUGAUGCUCCUGUGUACUUAGCUCUAGAUAUCGAUCAAUCUGUAAAAGGAAAAUUAUUCUGGUUUGAUAAAACUGAAAAAGAUUGGGCAGAUGCGAAUCAAAAGUUACACCCUCGCGCUAAGGAUUUUACUAGCUAG